UUCCUAAUGACGAGGUGGCCGAAGCCAGCGUAUUUAUUUUAAACGCGCAAAUAGACAGUUUCACUGGAACCACGUGGUGGUUGUUCAUUAAUUGACGCCGCCGCAGCCAAUCAGAAUUUAGCAUUCAUGCAGCUAUACUGCAUGCUAUAACAAUAAUUAAUCAGCACCCUGCAGCGAAUCAGAAUCGAGCAUGCACCUAUACCAGGGUAUAAGGCCGGUUUUUCAUUCUGAGCGCGAAGCUGCACACUGAACACUUUUAUUUCUACCUUUGGUCUGACUCACACUAAAAUGUCAGGGGACUCUCUGAAAGCCGGCUCUUUGGUGGCAGCAGACUAUGUGGUGUUUGCUCUCAUGCUGGUGGUGUCUGCUACCAUCGGGGUCUACUAUGCCUGGGCCAGCAGGGGUAAAGAAAGCUCCAGGGACUUCCUGACAGGGGGCCGGAGGCUGACGGCCCUGCCCGUCUCCAUGUCCCUGACUGCCAGCUUCAUGUCAUCCAUCACGGUGCUGUCCAACCCAGCCGACGUGUACUGCUUUGGAGCCAUCUUUGUAUUUUUCAGUCUCCCCUAUGUAUUGUCGACAGUGGUCGUAUCUGAGAUCUUUCUCCCAGUCUUUUACAGGCUGGCCAUCACCAGCACUUAUGAGUAUCUGGAGCUGCGUUUCAACAGGGCAACACGUCUGCUGGGAACUGUGUUCUUCAUUGUUCAGACGGUGCUCUUCACUGGAAUCGUCAUUUAUGGCCCUGCGCUUGCUUUGAGCCAAGUCACUGACAUAGAUCUGUGGGGUGGAAUUAUUUCAACAGGCGCUGUGUGUACACUUUACUGCACACUGGGUGGACUGAAGGCUGUGGUGUGGACCGAUGUGUUCCAGAUUGGAAUAAUGCUCGCAGGUUACUUGUCUGUCAUCAUCAAGUCUGUGAUCUUACAAGGAGGAGUCAGCAACAUUAUUUCAGAUGCACAACAAGGAGGAAGACUCAACUUUUUGGACUUUGACAUAAACCCUCUGAGGAGACACACUUUUUGGACCAUGGUCAUUGGAGGAACGUUUGGCUGGAUCAAUGUCUAUGGGACUAAUCAAGCACAGGUUCAGAGAUACGUCUCCUGCAAAAACAUCACUCAUGCUAGAUUAGCUCUGUACAUCAACAUGAUAGGUCUGUGUACCUUCCUGGUGUGUUCAGUGUUUGCAGGAAUGUGUCUCUACUCAGUCUAUAAGAACUGUGAUCCAUGGACAGCUGGUCUGGUUUCUGCUCCCGAUCAGUUGAUACCAUAUUUGGUGAUGGACGUCUUGACAGGCUAUCCUGGCCUUCCUGGACUAUUUUUUGCAGCAGUAUGUAGCGGCUCUCUAAGCACAGUGUCUUCUAGCAUCAAUGCAUUGGCUGCAGUGACGGUGGAGGACCUGAUCAAACCACACACCAAAAUGUCUGAGAAACACUUGUCCUGGACGUCCAAAGGAUUGAGUUUCUUUUAUGGGGUUUUAUGCAUUAGUAUGGCUGGACUGGCCUCAGUCAUGGGAGGGAUGAUGCAGGCAGGUGUCAUCAUUGGUGGUACCAUUGGAGGUCCUUUACUUGGCCUGUUCACAUUGGGCAUCCUCUGUCCAUUUGCCAAUACCAAAGGAGGCUUGACAGGCCUUGCUGCAGGGUUGGCUGCGUCCUUGUGUGUGAGUCUUGGAUCCUUGAUCUACCCACCCCCUCCUGCAAUGACCCGACCUCUGCCACUGUCCACUGACGGUUGUAACUUCACUGUGACAGACAACCUCAACUGGACCUCCACCGCUCUACCAACAGAACCAAGCUCCAUCAUCACAUCCCCAGGACAGAACGGUGAUGACCAAGGUCUGCUGGCAGUUGAGUGGCACUCUCCUUCCUAUCUUUACUUCGGUCUCAUUGGGACUGUAACGGCUGUCACUGUGGGACUAAUAGUUAGCUUGUUUACAGGAGGCAGGAGGAUCGAGGUGGAGCCAAAGUUUACAUUAAUGAAAGAAGACACAACUUCUUAUCACAUAUUCAGGUUUAUCAAAGAGAGAGUCAUGGGAAGUGAAGGAGAGUGUGACCUGACAAGGAACGGGCAGGAGUUGGUUGACAACACAAGUCCUGCUUUCUGUGACACGAAGAUCUGAGACGGACUUAACCAGCCAAAUUCCCACUUUAAACAACUGACAUUAUAC